AUGGCAGCAACACACAAGCCAACUCUUACAAUCACACACAUCACCACUGCGACUGCCAUUCUCAACAUUGAUGGAGUCAAUUUCCUGACUGAUCCCUUCUUCGGGGCCAUUGAAGGAACAGAAUAUGACUCGACCGCGGUCUGGGAAGAAAUGGACAUUAAAGCGUACGGAUUCGACAGCAUUCCGCCACCACCACACCUUAUCAACAGGCAAGGUCCAGCACUUCAGCUCAAUGAGCUGCCGCCUAUUGAUGCCGUUCUUCUCAGCCACGAGGAUCACCUUGACAAUUUGGACCCUGAAGGCCGUAAGCUGCUGGAUGGUCGAAAGGUGUUCACCACCAUGGACGGUGCCUCCAACUUGCGUCCACGCCCGGGAGUCGUUGGCCUUCGCCCCUGGGAGACUGUGACAUCUUGCAUUGGAGGAAAGAUGUACCGGAUCACUGGUACUCCUUGCAAGCACUUCCCAGUUGGAGAAGUUACGGGAUUCGUGCUGGAGACCGAUUCCUUCGGUUUUGAUCCAUCUGGCAAGCCCAACGCAAUCUAUUUCUCCGGAGAUACCGUCUACAUAGACGAGCUGAAAGAGAUUGGAAAGAAAUGGCACAUCACCGCAGCCAUUUUCAACUUGGGCAAUGCCACCUUUGAGUUCCCCACUGGCCCUGUUCAGAUUACUAUGGAUGGCAAACAAGCUGUGAAGCUUGCCCGUGAUAUCGGCGCUGAUGUCAUGAUCCCAAUUCAUUUUGAAUCGUGGGAACAUUUCAAGGAAGGCCGGGAAGAAUUGAUGGAGGUUUUCACCCAGGAGGGAUUUAUGGAUAAGGUGUGCUGGACUGUUCCUGGCGUUCCCAAGGUUGUUUUCUAA